AAGCAAAAGCCUUGAAGCUUGUUUCCACUCCGAAGGCUUCGAUAUGGUAGCCCGUGAGGCAAAAGAAUGUUAUGCCAAGGGUUCAACAGCGACAGAUGGCUUCAAUGAGGAAGAAUUCAAGUGCUUGAUGUUCUUAGAUGGUUGCUUUGUGGUAUAUUUCAUUCACUGCAUUAUUUGCAAUCGAUUGGAUCUACCCAUAACUAAAAACUACUUAACAUUCAUAUCAUUGGAUUUAUUCUUGCUCGAGAAUCAAAUCCCAUAUGCAGUUCUCCGAGUAUUAGUAACUGAUUUGAUGCCCACCGAACAUCACAAUGAUAUUGAGGAGUUCAUCGUGGAAAAUUAUACAGCAAUCGAAGGCCGGAGGACAGGGAGGGAGUCACCCUUGUGUCGUAAUGUUCGAGAUUGUUGUAAAUCUGUUCUAGAUCUUGUGUUUAAGAGAAAGAAACAACCCACCAAUGCCACAGAGAUAUCAUCAGAAGCUUCUUCUUCUUCUUCUUCUUCUUUGAUAAAGGAGGAACCCCAACUCCUUCAUCUGCUAGACUUUCUCCGGACCAAAUUAAUUGAUGAUACUGAAUCAUCUCCACCCAACAUUAAUCCCACAAAGAAAUUGGAAGGUUCUUCUUCUUCUUUGAAAGAGGAAGACCCCCUUCAUAGGCCAGAAUCACUCUUGACCAAAUUAAUUGAUAAUAGUGAAUCAUCUCCACCCAACUCUCAACAAAAUGAUGAUGGGGAUAACAGUGACGAUUGGGAGUCAUUCCGUUCAGUAGUUGAGCUCAAAGUUGCGGUUGCGGGGAUCAAGUGUGUGACCAGCGGCUCAUCUUGUGUAAAGAAAAUCAAGUUCAUACCGCAUACAUUCUUGGGGCAUUCACACCUGUCAUUUCCAGCCAUUUCCAUUGAUGAUUCCUACAAGACUUUGUGGUUAAACUUGGUAGCUUACGAAGCAUGCCCUGAUUUCUUUAACGAUCGUGACAUCACCUCCUUCAUAUGUUUUAUGGAUUCACUCAUCGAUGGACCAGAAGAUGUGAAAGAGCUCCGACUACAAGGUGUACUCCAAAAUUUCCUUGGGAGUGACAAACAUGUAGCUGGGAUUUUCAAUGAAUUGAACACUGAUUUGGCACCAAACAGUUGGACGUAUAGAAAAGUUAAGCGCGACAUUCAGAAGCAUUUCAACAAGAAGUGUAGUGUUUGGUUUGCUGAGUUAAUGCACACACAUUUCAGUAGUCCCUGGACCGUGAUUGCCUUUUUAGCUGCAUUAUAUGUUCUUGUUCUCUCCACCAUUUCGACUUUUUUUUGA